AUAUAUAGUUAUAGAAUAGUUGAAAUAAUAGUAUGAAAUAAUAAUGAAAAAAUAAUAGUUGAAAUGAAUAGUAGUAGUAGUGAAUAGAUGUAGUUGAAAUAAUAAUCAAUAAACCACGAAGAAGAAAAUAUUAAUUACAAUCGUUGUAUGAUGAUACUUAUUUUUAGCACAUAUUUAAAUUAUAAUAAUUAAUAAUUUAUUCUUGUAAACAGUUGCAAGGGAACAGAAUAAUUUGAUUUGAUUUUUAAUAAUAAUAAAUUUAACAUUAAGUGGGUAGUAUGUAAUGAUACAGUUAAAGUACAAAUCUUAAAGUCUUACCAUGGAUCAGGUCGAAGAUAACGGCUUAGAAACGAAAUAUCCCUUGCUAUCAUUUGAAAAACAAAUAUUCAUCGAUGUUUUUGAAAAGGACAGUUUACUCAUACUCGCUAAAGGGUUGAACUAUAAUAACAUAAUAUCAAACAUCCUUUUCAUUCAUAAUGAUCCGGGAAACUUGGUACUUGUUUUAAACAGCAGUGACCAUGAAGAAAAAUAUUUUUCUGAAAGGUUUAAUUUAUCUGCAUUGCCAUUGACAGGUGUAGAACGAGAGAAGACUUAUCUCAAUGGUGGUAUUUAUUUUGCUUCCACUAGAAUAUUAGUUGUAGAUCUGUUAAAGAAAAGGAUACCAGUAGAACAAAUAACUGGUAUAGUGGUGUUAAGAGCCCACACUGUGCUGGAAUCAUGCCAGGCAGCAUUUGUCUUGAGAUUAUAUAGGCAGAAAAAUAAGUCUGGUUUUAUUAAAGCAUUCUCGAAUUCUCCAAUAUCUUUCACAUUUGGUUACAAUCAUGUAGAAAAAAUCAUGAGGGCAUUAUUUGUCACAGAACUCUUCCUGUGGCCCAGAUUUCAUGGUUCUGUCAUACAAAGCUUGAAAGCCAGACAGGCACAAGUUGAAGAACUCCAUGUGUCUCUAACAUCAAACACCACUCACAUUCAGGCUUGUCUGUUAGAUAUUAUGAACUAUACUGUGAAACAAUUAAAGAGUAUUAACAGAGCUAUUGAUAUGCAGGAAAUAACAACAGAAAAUGCUAUUACGAAGAAAUUUCAUAAAAUACUUCAAUCCCAACUGGACUGUGUCUGGCAUCAACUUAGCACUAGAACAAAAGAGUAUAUACAGGACUUAAAAGUCUUGAGAAAUAUGAUUAUAAACCUUAUUCAUGAUGAUGCAGUCUCUUUUUAUUGUUUAGUAAGUAAAUACAGAACACCUGAAUAUGCAAAAGUUAAUUCUGGAUGGAUUCUACUUGAUUCGGCUGAAAAUCUAUUUCGUUUGGCCAGAAGCCGAGUGUUUAACAAUAAAAAUGAAUUUGAUCCAGAACUUCUGCCAAAGUGGAAAUGCUUAAAUGAUUUGCUACUAAAUGAAAUACCAGAAGACAUAAAAUCUAAAAGCGGUUCUCUCAACAAUACCAAGGUUUUAAUACUAUGCAAUGAUAACAAAACGUGUUGCCAGCUCAAUGAUUUCUUAAUAAUGGGGGCAUAUAAGUACCUCCUAUAUACAGCGUUCCGUAGAGAUUUAACUGUAAAUUCUGUGUCAACUAAGUAUAAAGAUUUGAAGAAUUGUAUUUCUGUAAAAGAUGAUGCAAAGAGUUCAGAGCACUGCUUAGAAACAGAGGUAGAGAAGGAAGCUGAUGUGGAUGAAUUUAGUAAAAAUAAUUUUGUGUUAACACUCACCCAAGUUGGAUCUCAUACUAUGGAUAAAGAUAAGCUUACUGAGGAUAGUGUGUUUGAACCAUUGAGCCAGUUAGAUAAUUUGGAUUUCACUCAAAUAGAAAAAGAGAAACCUAUUAUUUGUAUUCAAACUGUCAAGCAGAACGGUUGCAGCUUCUCAUUAGAACAGACACUUGAGAGUCUACGGCCAGAGUAUAUUAUUUUAUACCAAAGUGAUGUGGCCGCUGUUAGACAAAUUGAAUUGUAUGAGUGUAGAAAGAGAACAGAGGAACCCAUAUCAAAAGUAUACUUUGUUAUUCAUGGUAAAACUGUUGAAGAGCAAGUGUAUCUAACGUCACUGAGGGCAGAGAAACAGGCGUUUGAAGCAUUGAUACAAAGUAAAAGUGUAAUGGUUGUUCCGUCGUACCAAGAUGGCAAAACUGAUGAAUAUUUCAAUAUGAAUGUUGAAGAUGUUGAUUCAACUGAUACAAGAAAAGCAGGUGGGCAGAACCAACAAAAUGAAAAACCGUUAGUAAUAGUAGAUAUGCGAGAAUUUCGCUCAGAUUUACCCGCGCUUUUACACAAGAGAGGCAUUAACAUUGAGCCUGUUGUUAUAACUAUUGGUGACUAUAUACUUACCCCAGAGAUAUGCGUUGAGAGGAAAUCUAUUUCAGAUCUGAUCGGUUCAUUGAAUUCCGGCCGUCUGUACACUCAGUGCACUCAAAUGUGCCGGAACUAUAGCAGGCCGAUUCUACUUAUUGAGUUUGAUCAGAAGAAACCAUUCAACUUACAGGGGAGCUUUGUGGUAUCCACCGACAUAUCGGGUGCCGGUAUACAACAAAAACUGCAACUGCUAACAAUACACUUCCCGAGACUCAAGCUGGUGUGGUCACCUAGUCCCUAUGCCACUGCAGAAUUGUUUUAUGAACUCAAACAAGGCCGAAAAAAUCCUGUCAUUGCUGAGGCUAUAGCUUUGAGUAAUGAAAACACAGCUGACGACAUGUGCUACGAGAGAUACAAUGUACUGGUCCACGAUUUUGUUCAGAAACUCCCCGGAGUAACUUCGAAGAAUAUCUCGAGGAUUAUGAACCGAGGUGUAUCUUUGGAUCAUUUGGUAACUCUAACACAGGAACAAUUAACAGGCGUUUUAGAAAACGCCAGAGAUGCUGAAAUGUUACAUUCUAUAUUACAUAUACAGCCCAAACCAGGUGACAGCAAUAAAGAUGAUAAGUCGUUUGGUAAGAAGAAGUUUGCAGGCAAACAGUUUAAGGGUAAAAGAUAAUGUAAUAAAUAAAUCAUUUACUUUG